ACUUCCUGUAUAUCAGGUUACACAUCGAGCGCUCCCUUCCAUGCCCGUGGCUCUUGUACCGUUUGUUAAGGACACAUUAGAGGUCUCGUUUCGAGGCUAAGUCACAGCUUUUUAGACUGAUCCUCCACUGACCCGCGAUGCUUCACAGAAGCAGGAACCUAAAGUAUUUACUGAGCCUUGUUCCGGGUAAACGGCGACUUGGGACAUACCGGUUCCUUCCUGUCUUCUUUUGCAUCGGGGGCGUCAUGGAGUGGAUCAUGAUCAACGUGAGGAUCGGAAAAGAGACUUUCUAUGACGUCUACCGAAGAAAAAGAUCAGAACGAGAGUACCAGCAGAAGAUAACAGACGGACUAAUAGUUCCUGAGUCUGGAGCCAAGUGAACGAUGGCCAUCUGAGGACACAUUGUUGGACUGUUUGCUCUCUAUUUCUAUUUAAAGAGGUUAUAAUGAACUUGACUAAUAGCACGCUACAGGGUGAUGUAGCAUGCUAUUAAGGAAUCAAGAUUGAAAGGCUGAUGGAGAACUUCUAGCAUGCACAUUUUAUUGUUUAUAUGGUUUUCAGGCACAGCUGAGAUAAUGAGUAUGAUGUAAUGAUAAUCACAGCGAGUCCUGUAUGAGUAUGACUAUCGAUACAUUAAAAAUGCCACAGUGCAACCUGUCAACAGGCCAAAGUGUAACGAUAUAACAAGGAUGUUCUGUUCUGGAAGGUGAUAAAAACCAAGACAAACUCUUGCAUCUACAUCUUUAUAUCACAUCCUCUAAGGUUUACCUCUGUAAGAAACUCGCUUCGCCAGAUUCAGUCGUACCAUCCAAUAGGGAGAGCAUGUAGACAGAUGAAGCUGUUUGGGUGCAGCGACAGCUUGAUGGGGUUCCCUUCCAGUCUCACCUCAUCCAUGUUGGUCCGGAUGUAGUAACUGUCGUUACCGUCGCAGAAUGUCUCAUCUGUGAUUGUGGAUAUCUUGUUAUACUGCAGGGAACAAACGAUCCAUGAUGCAUUUAAAUCCUGCUCAACUGGCAGAAUAAAAAUGUAAUUGUUAUUGCA